CACACAAAAAAAAUCGUGCCACGAGACACACGCUUCGAAAGUGAAGGGAAAUUUCUAAUUUUCCAACUUUAAAACAAAUAAAUCGAAUUUUUAAAGUUAAAAAACAAUAUUUCCGCAAUUUUUAUUGAAAAAUUUAAAAAAUCAUGUCAGAACCGGAAAAAGUUGUCGAAGCAAAUGGCGAAGGAGCUCCGCAAAAAUCGGCGAAACAAUUGGAACGGGAAGCCAAAAAGGCAGCUAAAAUCGCAAAGUUGAAUGAGAAAAAGGAGAAAAAAGCUGCUGCGCCUCCGCCAGCUGCCAAAGAAAAGGCUGAGAAAAAGACGAAAGAAGUGAAGGAAGCUGUUGUUUAUACGGGAAAUACAGCGCCGGGUGAGAAGAAGGAUCUUUCGAGUCCCAUGCCAGAUGCUUAUAGUCCGCAAUAUGUCGAAGCUGCGUGGUAUAGUUGGUGGGAAAAGGAAGGAUUUUUCAAGCCAGAAUAUGGGCGUGACUUAUCAAAACCCAAUCCAAAAGGCAACUUCGUGAUGGUAAUCCCGCCUCCAAAUGUCACGGGCUCCCUCCAUUUGGGCCAUGCCUUGACAAAUUCCAUCGAAGACGCCAUCACUCGUUGGCAUCGCAUGAAUGGGCGCACAACACUUUGGGUCCCCGGAUGCGAUCACGCCGGCAUUGCCACGCAAGUUGUUGUCGAGAAAAAGUUAUGGCGCGAACAGCAACUAACACGUCACGAUUUGGGUCGCGAAGCAUUUAUCGACAAAAUUUGGGGAUGGAAAAACGAAAAAGGCGACCGAAUUUAUCAUCAACUCCGUAAAUUGGGCUCGUCUUACGAUUGGAGUCGUGUUGCCUUCACAAUGGACCCAAAAUUGUGCAAAGCUGUUACCGAAGCAUUUGUUCGAAUGCACGAAAAUGGAUUAAUUUAUCGCAGCAGUCGAUUAGUGAAUUGGUCUUGCACGUUAAAAUCCGCAAUUUCUGACAUUGAAGUCGAUAAAGUUGAAAUUCCCGGGCGAACGUACAUGUCAAUUCCCGGAUAUGCGGAUAAAGUUGAGUUUGGGGUCUUGAUUUCGUUCGCGUAUAAAGUUGAAGGCACGGAUGAAGAGAUUGUUGUUGCUACAACGCGUGUUGAAACGAUGUUAGGCGAUACUGCAGUUGCUGUUCACCCCAAUGACGAGCGUUACAAGCAUUUACACGGCAAAUUUGUCGUUCAUCCGUUCUGUUCGCGUAAAAUCCCGAUCGUUUGUGAUGAAUUUGUUGAUAUGAAUUUCGGUACGGGCGCCGUGAAAAUCACUCCAGCUCAUGAUCCAAACGAUUAUGAUGUCGGAAAGCGUCAUAAUUUGCCUUUUAUCACAAUUUUCAACGAUGAUGGGUACAUUGUUGGCGAUUAUGGCGAAUUUACGGGCAUGAAAAGGUUCGAUGCACGUCGCGCUGUCAUCGGCAAACUCAAGGAAUUGGGAUUGUACAAAGAAUGGGUCAAUAAUCCGAUGGUUGUUCCCAUCUGCAGUCGUUCAAAAGACGUCGUUGAACCGCUUAUCAAGCCUCAAUGGUACGUCAAAUGCGACGAAAUGGCAAAAAGCGCCACAGAAGCUGUCAAAAAUGGCGAACUCAAGAUCACGCCGGAAUUUCACACGAAAAUUUGGUAUCAUUGGAUGGAUGGCAUUCGUGAUUGGUGCGUUUCGCGUCAACUUUGGUGGGGACAUCGCAUUCCCGCGUACAAAGUUAAAAGUUCAAAACUCCCCGAGGAAGCGGGUGAUGUUUGGGUUGUCGGACGCACCGAAGAAGAAGCUCAAAAGAAGGCAAUGGAGCAAACGGGACUUGCAGCUGCUGAUUUUACCUUGGCGCAAGACGAAGAUGUUCUCGACACGUGGUUCAGUUCGGGAUUAUUCCCCUUUUCCGUCUUUGGAUGGCCCGACAACACGAAAGAUCUCGAUCUUUUCUACCCAACAUCACUUUUGGAAACGGGACACGACAUUUUGUUCUUCUGGGUUGCGAGAAUGGUAUUUUUCGGUCAAACACUGCUUGGAAAACUUCCCUUCAAAGAAGUUUUCUUGCAUCCGAUGGUUCGUGAUGCGCACGGAAGAAAAAUGUCAAAAUCGCUUGGAAAUGUUAUCGACCCGAUGGAUGUCAUUACGGGAAUUUCUCUCGAAGGGUUGCACGAACAAUUGUACGAUUCGAAUUUGGAUCCGAAGGAAAUUGAAAAAGCUAAAUUGGGACAAAAACAAGAUUAUCCCAAUGGAAUUCCCGAAUGCGGUGUUGAUGCGAUGCGUUUUGCGUUAUGCGCUUAUUUGACGGCAGCACGAGAUAUAAAUUUGGAUAUUCAACGUGUUCAGGGUUACAGAUUUUUCUGUAAUAAAUUGUGGAAUGCGACGAAAUUUGCGUUGAGAUACUUUGAUGAGAACGAGAAAAUUGAAGUUCUCACGGGAUUGACGGGAACUGAAUCCAACAUCGAUAAAUGGAUUUUGUCACGUUUGGCUUACGCAACAGAUGCCUGCAACAAGGGCUUUAAACAAUACGAAUUUGCUGCUGCAACAACAGCUUGUUACAACUUUUGGCUUUAUGAAUUGUGUGACGUCUAUUUGGAGUGCUUGAAACCAACUUUCUUAUCGGGAACGGAUGAUGAAAAAUCAAUUGCUCGUCGCACACUUUACACUUGCUUGGAUUACGGUUUGAGACUUCUUUCGCCGUUCAUGCCUUUCAUCACGGAAGAGCUUUUCCAACGUUUACCGAGAGCUAAUACGGCAAUUCCGAGCAUUUGUGUUGCUCCUUAUCCAGAUGCCGACAUGACAAGUUCCUGGCUGAACGAAUCAAUCGAAAAAGACGUCGAGUUCAUGCAAAAAGCUAUCAAAAUUGUUCGUUCCGCUCGCAGCGACUACAACUUGCAAAACAAGCAAAAAACAGAAGCCUUCGUCGUUUCCACAGACGACUAUUCAAAAACUGUUUUCGCAAAAUUCGCCACAGACAUUGCAACAUUAGCGUACUGCUCAAAAGUCGAAAUUACUGCUGAACCGCCAGCUGGUUGCGCAAUUUUAACUGUUACGGGUUCGUGCGAAGUGCAUUUACUCCUUAAAGGCUUAAUUGACCCCGAAAAGGAAAUCGCCAAGUUGCAAAAGAAGAAGGAACAACUCGAAAAAUCCGUCGAAAAUACCAACAAGGCGAUGUCUGUUCCGGAUUACGCCACAAAAGUCCCCGCUGAGGUUCAGGAGGCCAACAAGGAAAAAAUCGAGCAAUCUGAGAACGAAAUUAAACGUAUCAUCGAGGCAAUGGCUACUCUUAAGACAAUGUAAAAUGUGUCGUCGAUCGACAAUAAUUUAUUUUAAAAUUUUUUUUUUUUCGUAAAUUAAAUUAAAGCUUUUUUUUAUUUUUUUGUGAAAAACAGAUAAAUUGAGAACAAGUGCAUUUCAAAAAA